UUGUCUCUUACGAUACGCAUCGGCAGCAGACGCAACAACGUUGGACAUUUUCAACGUCGCGAUAAUAUAUAAAGCAGUCUUUCGCGGGAAUGUCGGAUAUCAUUGUCACCGCGUAACCGAUAGUGUUCCGUCCAACCAGAGCAGUUUGAAUCGUACUAAACUAAACUAAACUAAACUGAACUAAAAUGAAAGCUAUCUUCGUGUCCGCUGUUCUGGUAGCUGUCCUGGCCGUCGCCAGCUGUGCUCCCUAUGAAAUUGCCUAUUUGAUCCCGGUGGAAGUACCAGUGAAUCGUGUGGCUCGAUCGGCGCAGUUUGGCGCUAGUGCGGCGAAUGCUGGAGCGCAGAGCUUCAACAGCGGUUUCGGUGGCUUCGGAGGUGGCGGAUUCUCGGGCAGUGCAGCUAACGCUGCCUCUCAGUCCUUUUCUUCCGGAGGCGGAUUCGGUGGAUUCCCAGGAUUCAGUGGUAGCGCUGCUAAUGCGGGUGCCCAGAGCUUCUCCGGUGGUGCCGGUGGAUUCCCUGGAUUCGGAGGCUUCAGUGGAUCGGCAGCCAAUGCUGGGGCCAAUUCGUUUAGCGGUUAAAUCGACGUUAGACCAACGUUAGAAGAAUGCUUCCCCAACGGAUACUGCCCAGUUUCGAUGUUUCACACCAUACGCGGCUUUAGAGUUUAGAUCGUAGUUUUAUUCAGCGCAGGCUAGUUCGAAUCAGCCACACACACACACGAAAACAUUAUUUAUAAAGAACAUGACAUCGCUAUUGAUCACGAUGCAAUGAACUUAAGACGUUAUCCCCCGUACAGAUCGUUUGUUCACGUGAUGAAAAAACAUGAAUAAAUUAAAAAAAAUUAUCGCCAAUCCAAAA